AUGAGAGGAAAUGUUUACUUUCCCAAAGAUACGAAACGAACUGAUAAACAAUUUUGCCUCAUGAAUAAUAUUGCACAAAUAUCAACAUUGAAAUCUCUUCUCAAACGUGAGUUCCGAUUUCUUAUGCAAAUUUAUUGUUACAAUGCAAUGGUAGCAGCAGCAACAGUUGAAUUAGUAGCAUCUCAUUUGAUUUUCACUUUCAAUUCAAUGGGAAAUAGAAAAGUGCUCCAUAAAGUUCAUAAAUUAUUCAAAACGUUGAACUUUAUAGUUGAACUUUUAACAGUCGGCGCCAAAUGA